CGGACUACAGCUCCCGAAGGGCCGCGGGCGGCUCCGCUUCCUGCCUCAGCCGCGGGAGCCCAUGGAGCCUACGGAGGGCGCCGAGGAGGAGCGGCUGGUGCAGUGCCCCGUGUGCCUGCGGGAGCUGCCGGGCGCCGACAUCAACCCGCACCUGGACCGCUGCUUGCAGGCCGGCGGGGCCCCGCCCGAGCCCCCCAGCAAGCGCCCGCGCCUCGCCGCCGCCGCGCCGGGCAGCCAGGCCGAGGGGCAGCCGGAGGAGGCCCGCCCGGCCGCCGGGUCCCCCGUCUUCUCCCUGUUCCACAAGGGCCGCGGCGGCGGGCAGAGCCCGGCAGCGGCCGGCGGGCAGAGCGGCGCGGGGCGGGACGAGGCCGCGGCGCCGCCGGGCCAUGGGUGCGCGGCCGCGCUGUGCGGGGAGAGCCUGGCGCAGAAGCUGGAGGGGAAGCCCCUGGCCGAGCGGCUGCGGCCGGACACGCUGGGGGACUACGUGGGGCAGGAGCGGGUGCUGGGCGCGCAGACCCUGCUGCGGUCCCUGCUGGAGUCCCAGGAAAUCCCCUCCCUCAUCCUCUGGGGGCCGCCGGGCUGCGGGAAGACUACACUGGCACACAUCAUAGCCAACAGCAGCAAAAAGAAUGGCAUGAGGUUUGUGACACUGUCAGCAACAAGUGCCAAGACAAAUGAUGUUCGAGAUGUCAUCAGCCAAGCCCAGAAUGAAAAAAGACUCUUCAAGAGAAAAACUAUCCUCUUUAUUGAUGAGAUCCAUCGUUUCAAUAAAUCUCAGCAGGACACUUUCCUUCCUCACGUCGAGUGUGGGACGGUGACCCUGAUAGGAGCGACCACAGAAAACCCUUCCUUCCAAGUGAACGCCGCUCUCCUGAGCCGGUGCCGGGUGAUCGUCCUGGAGAAGCUCUCGGCUGAAGCGAUGGAGGCGGUUCUGAUGAGGGCCGUCAGGUUCUUAGGGCUCCAGGUUCUGGGCCAGGGCGACCAGCACGGCACCCCUGCGACUGGCAGCUGCAGCAAGAGCUCGGAACUCCCCGUGUACAUAGAGGAGAAAGCUCUGAACACACUUGCCUAUCUUUGCGAUGGGGAUGCCAGGACUGGGCUGAACGGACUGCAGCUGGCAGUUCAGGCCCGAGUAGCAGCGGGAAGGAACACUCCUUUGAACACCACUGCCAGAGGUGGUGCUGCACAUGGCAUUCUGGUAACAGAAGAGCAUGUAAAGGAGGGCCUCCAGCGAUCUCACAUCCUGUAUGACCGAGCAGGAGAAGAGCAUUACAACUGCAUCUCUGCCCUGCACAAGUCUAUGAGAGGCUCUGAUGAAAAUGCCUCCCUUUACUGGCUUGCUCGAAUGCUUGAGGGCGGUGAGGAUCCACUCUAUGUGGCAAGGAGACUGGUGAGAUUUGCGAGUGAAGAUAUAGGACUGGCAGAUCCUCUGGCUUUAACACAAGCAGUUGCUGCUUAUCAAGGCUGUCACUUCAUUGGAAUGCCUGAGUGUGAGGUGAUUCUAGCACAGUGUGUGGUGUACUUUGCCAGAGCCCCAAAGUCUAUAGAGGUGUACAGGGCAUAUGGCAACGUCAAGGAAUGCUUGAGGAUGCACACAGGACCACUGCCCCCUGUUCCUCUGCACCUGAGAAAUGCCCCAACAAGGCUCAUGAAGAACUUGGGCUAUGGAAAAGGCUACAAAUACAACCCCAUGUACAAGGAGCCUGUGGAGCAGGACUAUCUACCUGAAGAGUUGAAAGGAAUAGACUUCUUCAAGGAACGAAAAACGUGACUGCUGUGCUCAGAAUGGAUUUUGAUUUUAUGACUCAUACAUUUCUACUGGGAUCAAAAUUCCCCUUACAGUGUCAUCUGCCUGUUACCAUGGUGGAAAGGAUUAAGCCACCAAGCCUUCCAGAUACUUUUUUAUCCUUCUGCUUUUAUUGCUGUUGUUCAGAAGGUAUUUUGUAAAGAAUUGCAGUUGGGCAGUGUAGAAAUGCAAAAAUAAGCAUUAUCCAUAUAGUGCUGUCACUGGUUUAAAUGAAAUGAAGAAAAAAUAAGAGACUUGUGUUUCUGACUCUUGCUGUGAGACAAGAAAUAUUACUGUGCUGCUUUUUAAAAUCAGUGUCUAUUUCAGAUUUUGAGAACACUGUUUUCCAGAAAAAUUGUACCCCCUCUGCUAAAAUACUGUACAAAAUAUAAUUACAGACUAAUUCUUGCUCUUACAAUGUUUCAGAGACCAAUUUUGUAUGGCAGUUAUUGAACCAAUAAAGCUGUUACAAAUAGUG